AAAAAGAGAGUUUGAAAACCCAACAGAAUUGAGAGAAAAUGAAUCGUCUUUUCGGAAGAGGUAAAGAAAAACAACCACCACCAAAUCUUACUGACUGUGUAAACAGUAUCGAUAGCAGAGGGGAAUCAAUCGACAAAAAGAUAGGAAGACUAGAUGCAGAACUGAAAAAAUACAAAGAUCAAAUGAAGAAAAUGAGAGAUGGGCCGUCCAAAAACAUGGUGAAGCAGAAGGCUCUCAGAAUUCUUAAGCAGAAGAGAAUGUAUGAGAAUCAAAGAGAUAAUCUGAUGCAGCAGUCCUUUAACAUAGAACAGCAGAACUACGCUAUCCAGUCACUAAAGGAUACCAAAACAACAGUAGAUGCUAUGAAAGUUGGUGUAAAAGAAUUCAAGAAGGCUUACAAACACGUGAACAUUGAUCAAAUUGAAAAUUUACAGGAUGAUAUGGAAGAUUUAACAGAGCAGGCAAAUGAGAUUCAAGAAGUAAUGGGUAGAAGUUAUGGCAUGCCCGAAGUUGAUGAUGAUGAAUUGGAAGCAGAGUUGGAUGCCUUGGGUGAUGACCUUGCUCUCGAUGAAGAUUCCUCGUAUCUUGAUGAUGUGGCUCUACCCAGUGUUGCAACAAGUGAACCAGGUGCAGAAAGCAUGAAAGAGGGAAAUGUACCUGUUGAUGAAUUUGGACUGCCACAGAUUCCACAAACGGCAAAAUAAACACCACAAAGUGAACAAACCAUAAAAUCAUUAAGCUAAAUUAUUUGUGAUAUAUAUACAUGCUUUUGUGUUGUAUUUGAACUGAGUUUGGAUGAUUAUUGUACUUCUUUUUCUUAUAAUAUAGGUGUUUGUUAAAUUUUAUUUCAAAUAAAUACACUGAAGUAUAUGUAGUUUUAUAUGUACAUAAUGUAAAAGUAAUUAGUUAUUAUCAUAGAAGUGUAUUUUCUACAUUUUUGAUUCUCUUGUUGUUACCCAUUAUCUGAAAGCAAUGAAAGACUAGUCCAAAGUUAUAUGUGAUUAAAUGAUAAGCUUUUAAACUCAAAACCACAUUUUAGGAGGGGAAUGGGGCCUGCACAUUAUGUAUGAUUGUAUUACAGUAGACUGUCAUUUAUUAGUAAAAACUUAAUGUUAUUCAGCUCUGACUGGUAUGACACAUAACUCUUCGAACCUAAAGCUGUAAUGUUCAGUCAUAGUCUAACAUUUGACUGUAAUAUAUAGGUAAAAUUAAUAUCCAUCUGUGUUAGCAGUGAUUAUCCUACAUUCAUUUAGUGAAUAAAAUGUUUCUUCCAA